AUGGCGUUGCGAGUCUCUUUAGUGGCAGCUGCCCUACUCCUCUUAUCAGCGGCUAGUACUACCACUACGGCAACAGCAGCUGCUGCUCAAGCCCUGCCUGGCUGCUCGGACAAGUGCGGCAAUCUCACAAUUACUUAUCCAUUUGGCAUGGAGGAAGGGUGUUACCUGCGAGAAGAAUUCUUCAUCAACUGUGUACGUACCACCGCAUAUUUGACGACAGGGGAUCACAUUGUUGAUAUUUCCGUUGAUGAUGGUGAGUUGCGCAUGUUAAACGAUCCAGAGCAAAAUUGUUAUGACGCACAAGGCAAUUUGAUGUCCAGCUUCCAUCGAUCUUUAUUCACCCUGCCUUUUCCUUAUACCAUUUCUGAUACCAAAAACAAGUUCUACGCCGUCGGCUGUGACACUUCCGCUAUGUUACAAGGCUUCCGAGGGGAAGAAGAGCUGAGCACGGGGUGCAUAUCCAUAUGCAUACGCAACAGCACUGGCAGCAUCAAUCAGGACUACUCUUGCUCUGGCGUUGGGUGUUGCCAGACUAACAUUCCCUAUGGGAUGAACAAUCAGACUGUGACCUUGGAUAAGUACGAAAAUAAUGCGACAUUUGUGCAGUUUUACCCCUGCAGCUACGCCUUCAUUGCGGAACAAGGCCACUUCAAUUCCUCCCUUGCGUGUCUUAUAGAGCUGUUCAACUUUAAAGCGUUUCCCAUGGUUGUUAAUUGGGCUAUUGGGAAUGACACAGACUCCUGCGAUGAAGCUCAAGACAGGUACGAUUUCGCUUGCAAGGCGAACAGCAUCUGCAUAAACCGUCCUAGAGGUUACUUGUGCCAGUGCUUGCCUGGUUACGAAGGAAACCCCUACCAUCCAGAUGGUUGCCAAGAUAUUGAUGAGUGCAAGGCAGCAAACCCCUGCCUGCAUGGAAGGUGCUCAAAUAUACCAGGAAAGUACUCUUGUUCAUGUCACAAAGGAUACAAACACGACCCCAUCAAUGACAAAAUUUGCAUCAAAGACGAUUCGAAAAGACAGUUAGAGAUCAAUCUCCUGCAUAUUUUCUUGGGCACUGGUUGCAGUCUUGGACUAAUACUUGUAGCCGUGGUAGCAUGGUGGUCGGUCCAAGUCUUAAAGAAAAGGAAAAACAGAAAACGAAAGGAGAAGCUUUUUAAACAAAAUGGGGGUUUAGUACUGGAGCAACAGUUAUCUUCUGGUGAUCAAGCUAAUGUUGAAAAAAUUAAGUUGUUUAAUUCAAGAGAGCUGGAGAAAGCCACGGACAACUUUAGCAUAGACAGAGUUCUUGGCCAGGGAGGGCAAGGUACGGUUUACAAAGGAAUGUUGAUGGAUGGACAAAUUGUUGCUGUCAAAAAGUCUAAAAUAGUUAACGGAGGCGAAGUUGGGCAAUUCAUUAAUGAAAUUGUGAUUCUUUCACAAGUUAACCACAGAAAUGUGGUUAAACUAUUAGGUUGUUGUUUGGAGACUGAAAUUCCUCUCUUGGUUUAUGAAUUUCUCCCGAACGGAACACUUUCUCAGUACAUUCAUGACCAAGAUGAGGAGUUUCAUCUUACAUGGGGGACACGAUUGCGAGUGUCUACCGAAGUUGCUGGAGCUCUUUCGUAUUUACAUUCGGCAGCUUCUAUUCCUAUUUACCACCGGGACAUCAAGUGCACAAACAUACUCUUGGAUGGCAAGUAUAGAGCAAAAAUUGCAGAUUUUGGGACUUCAAGAUCCAUUUCCAUUGACCAGACUCACCUCACCACACUAGUACGUGGAACAUUUGGUUAUUUGGACCCAGAGUACUUUCAAUCAAGCCAAUUUACAGAAAAGAGUGAUGUUUACAGUUUCGGUGUAGUCCUUGCUGAGCUCUUGACCGGACAGAAACCAGUUUCCAUGAUAAGGUCGCAAGAAAGUAGAAGCUUAGCAACUCAUUUCCUUCUUUCAAUGGAGCAUGAUUGUUUGUUUGAUAUUCUUGACGCUCAAGUCAUGGAAGAUGGUAGCAAGGAAGAAAUCAUAGCAGUUGCAAACCUUGCGCAAAGAUGCUUGAAUUUGAAUGGAAAAAAACGACCUACUAUGAAAGAAGUAGCGGCGGAAUUAGAGGCAGUUCGAUUGGCAGGCAAAGAUGCUGAUCAUGUUCAUCAACAAAUAGAAGAAGGAGCCGUCGGAACUCAUGAAAUCAGCACGUCCGAGGAUUGUUGGGAUGUUGUUUCUACAUCAUCCGGUCCUUUUACAGAUGGUGGUACUACCGCAGCAGGUUCUGCAUUUUCUGUACAACCACCAAUGUUUUACAAUACACAGUAG